AUGAACAAUGCUUUACUCAGGCUCGGGCUCCCCGCUCGGCUGUCCCGCCUGCCUCGCCCGACGCCCUCCCGCCUUUGCGCCGUGACUUCCUUGCCCAGGCCUCUGUCGGCUGUACCACCACGGUCCAGCCUCCCUGCGCUUGCACAACAGGCGUGUCGAUCCUUCACACCGACCGCCCGACACUGCAGGCGAUCGACGCCUGGAAACCAUGACGGCGACGACGUGUUCGCCGCGCGCGCACGAGACCUCAACCAGAAGGGCCUAGACGAGGAGGAGAAGGAGGUCAGGCUCCGUCAACAUCAGGUGAAGCGGCCGUGGCACCGUGACAAGGCCGACGAGCCGCCCGUGAAGGACAAGGGCGGCGCCGGCAAGGACGAAGAGCUGUCCAAGGGCAAGCUCCUCACUACGCCUACGAGGCUCCUCAAGCUCAUCAUUCCGCUUCCCGUGUCGGUCGAAAAGGACAGGGACAACAACAGCAAAAGUCACGACUUUGGUCGGUCCAUCUCCAGCAACGACGAGAUCCAGCCGCUCGCCCUCCUAAUACAUCCACAGCAACCCCUUUCGUACGUCGAGCGUCUUAUCCAGGCCGAGCUACCUCCGGUGAUGGAAGAUGGCAAGGAGAAGAUACCCAACGUGUACUUCCGGGCCGAAGAUGCGUCCGCCGAGGGCAGCAAAGAAAAAAAGGACAAGGCAACAAAGGAAAAGCCAGACAAAGGAAACCCGCACAAACCCAGUGGCUCACACGUGGCGUCGUACUCUGGGCUGGGGCACGAAGCGUCGGCGCGGGCGGACGAGGAGAAGCGGUGGGUGCGGUGGAGCAGCAGCACCGAGAUGGGCGACUUCAUUCGCGACGCGGCUAGGGGCCGGGAGUUUGUUAUCGAGGUGGAAGGGUACGGGCUCGAGAUGCGGGUCGGUGUGCCGUCGUUCAACGACCGGACGCACUUUCUACGCACGCGGCUGCGGCGCAUGUCGCGUUCCAUUGACCGCCUGGUCGACAUCAAGCGCGAGUGCGACGAGCUGGCGCACCGGUCGGCGCACCGCCUCGCCCAGGGCGGAUUUGGGCUCCUGGCGUCGUGGUGGGGCGUUGUGUACUACGUCACGUUCCACACCGAGGCCGGCUGGGACCUGGUGGAGCCCGUGACGUACCUGGCCGGCCUGGCCACCAUCAUGGCCGGCUACCUCUGGUUCCUCUUCAUCAGCCGCGACCUGAGCUACAAGGCCGCCAUGAACGUCACGGUCAGCCGCCGCCGCACCGCCCUGUACGAGGCGCGCGGCUUCGACGUGGCGCGCUGGGAGCAGCUGGUGCGCGAGGCCAACGCCCUGCGCGCCGAGGUCAUGCAGGUCGCGCAGGAGUACGACGUGGACUGGGACGAGACCGCCGACCUGGGCAGCGAGGACGUCAAGGACGUCCUAGCGGCCGAGCGGCACAAGCGCAAGGCCCGGGCGGACCCCGACGAGGACGAGGACGACGGGGACGGCGACGACAAGAAGGAAGACAAGAGCAGCGGCAGGUCCGAGGCUGCGGACGGCAGCGGCAAGGCGGACGGCGGCAAAACGGAGCAGAAGCAGGAGAAGCAGGCCGGCGAGCAACAGAGGAAAGGCUAG